GUUAAAGCCAGAGCCCCUGCAGGGUGACCCUCACUGAAACCGCGCUGCAGCUCUGCAGAGGCACACAGCCACACACCUCUGAUUGAUGGGCAGACGAGUCAAAGUUUGACUGUUGGACGCAAGACAAACUUUGAGAGGACAGGGACGAUGAUGAUUAAGCCCUACGCGAGACAAGGGGAGGGAGAGGAAGACGUCAGCCCCGUGCAGUGGAUGGAGGGUGACGUGAGCUCACCCGACGGCGAAGCGCCUUUGACCGCCAACCAACAGCCCGGAGAGGAGGGCAGCGAGGAGGUCGAGGAAUACGAGGAGGAAGGAGACAGAGGCCGGGAGGCCGAAUCCAAACAAGGCGGCCCCAAGAGGAAGCGGGUGACGAAGGCCAGGCAGGAGCGCUUCCGCGCCCGGCGCGUCAAGGCCAACGCCAGGGAGCGCUCGCGCAUGCACGGCCUGAACGACGCGCUGGAGAACCUGCGCAGCAUCAUGCCCUGUCACUCCAAAACCCAAAAACUGUCCAAAAUCGAGACCCUGCGUCUGGCUCGCAACUACAUCUGCGCUCUCUCGGCUGCCCUGGAGGGGGGUCUUUCCAUGGAGAGCAGGGCUUUCAUGGAGACUCUCUGCAAGGGCCUGUCGCAACCCACCACCAACCUGGUCGCCGGGUGUCUGCAGCUGGGGCCGGCACCCGGCGCGGGCGGGAGGCCCGACGACAGAGUCCGUCCGCCCCCUGUGCCGCUCGGCGGCGUGGCGAGCUACGCCUCCCCGGGCCUGCCGAGUCCGCCCUACGGCAGCUUUGACUCCGCUCACCUGCUCCACCUGAGGGCAGCGAGAGGAGGGGCGUACGAGAGCCACUCGCCAAACGAGUAUAACGCCGGGGGCGUCGGGACGCCCCCCUACGAGGGGCCCCCGACCCCACCCCUGAGCAUCAGCAGCAACCUGGUCGGCAAACAGGAGCCGUCACCGCACUACUUGGCCCCGUCGCACUACUCCCCGUCCCCCGCGGACCACGGCCUGUACCCGCCUCACAGCGGCUAUGGCGUGCAGGCGUCCUAUGACUCCUACCAUCCGACUCACAUGACCCCCAGACAGAUAACCUCCGUCUACAGAGACUAGCAGAGACUCCUGCAAACUGCAGACUCCAACCAUUUCGUCAGAUGUGUGGUGCACAGUAGACUAGCUGAAUAAAGUUAGAAAAUACUUGACAUGCUGUACGUUGCAUAUUUCUUUCCAAACUGAUGACCAAAUGGAUCCAAGUGGGAAUUUUCAUGACGGAUCAUCUGCAAUGUCCUAUUUAUUCGAGCACUUCUAUUUUAGCUGGGUUUUUUUGGGGAGGGGUGGGGGUGGUAGCAACAAAUAUUCUACAUAAAUGUAAUGUAUUUUUAAUUUAUUGCCUAAUUUAAUACACACAAUAUUUCAUCGGCUGUAUAUGUGUUUAUACGAUUGUUUUUUUUUUGUGUGAUGUAAUCCCUUGACAGUCUUUUUGUGCGUGUUUUUCUUUGUUUUGUGUCACCGAUUUUGAAAGUCUGGAAAUAAUCCGUUUGGUGUUGCGCUGUGUUGUGAGAGUCUUGGAGAAAAACGAGGAACACAAUGAAAAAAAUGUGAAGAAGGAAAUGAAUGAGUGGCGCAUAAGAGAAAUGUUACUCUCAGGUGAGCAAUGCUUUUUUAAAAAAUGGGUGGGAUGUUGCUUUUGGACUUGUUUCUUUUGGAAACUGACAUUAAAAGAUGAAUGAGCAAAGGA